UCUUUAAAUAAAGGGAUAAAUCAGAGUGGAGUUAAACACUAUGGCAGAAACAUAAACAGCGGGUAGCUCCGGCCCAGCCCCCCUGCCUGCCCCACGCCACCCUGCACAGAGUGCAGUGUUUAUUUGACUCACACCGGAGGCCAGGCAGCUAGGCGGCUUCUGCUGGAACCUGCUCCUGGCUCCAGCUCUCAGCACCCAUACAGCCUAUUGAGCACCCAUUCUCCAGGGGAGGUCCAGAGUGGUGAUCUGGAGCUGGCCUGAGAGGAGGAGUGCACUGACCCCGGCCAUGCCCUCUGCAUCCCCCACGAGGCCCUGGGAUGCUGUGCUCCCCAACGCCACUGCCGCGGCAUGGACCAAUGGGAGUGUGCCAGAGACACCCCUGUUCCACCAGUUUGCCCUGAUGGAUGAGAAGUUACACAGAGACUUCCCCAACCUGUGGCUGGCACUAAUGGUAGUGCAUGGCACCAUCUUCCUGGCCGGGCUGGUGCUCAAUGGACUGGCCCUGUAUGUCUUCUGCUGCCGCACACAGGCCAAGACGCCUUCGGUCAUCUACACCAUCAACCUGGUGGUGACCGACCUGCUGGUGGGCCUGUCCCUGCCCACGCGCUUUGCUGUCUUCUACGGCGCCCGUGGCUGCCUGCGCUGUGCUUUCCCUCAUAUCCUGGGUUACUUCCUCAACAUGCAUUGUUCCAUCCUCUUCCUCACCUGCAUCUGUGUGGACCGCUACCUGGCCAUUGUGCAACCCGAGGGUUCCCGUCGCUGGCGCCAGCCGGCCUGCGCCAAGGCUGUCUGCGUCUUCGUGUGGCUGGCAGCAGGCGUCGUGACCCUGUCCGUACUGGGCGUGAAGGCUGGCGGGCGAUCGUGCUGCCGCGUGUUUGCUUUGACUGUCCUGGAGUUCCUGCUGCCGCUGCUCGUCAUCAGUGUGUUCACGGGCCGCAUCGUGUGCGCGCUGUCUCGGCCGGGCCUGCUGCGCCAGGGCCGCCAGCGCCGCGUGAGGGCCAUGCAGCUGCUGCUCACAGUGCUUGUCAUCUUCCUGGUCUGCUUCACACCCUUCCAUGCCCGCCAGGUGGCUGUGACAAUAUGGCCUAAGGCGCCACAACACACGAGCCUCGUGGCUUACCACGUGGCCGUGACCCUCAGCAGCCUCAACAGCUGCAUGGACCCCAUUGUCUACUGCUUCAUCACUAGCGGCUUCCAGGCCACCGUCCGAGGCCUCUGCCGCCAGCAUGGAGAAGAAUUCAAGCCCAGCAGCAUGCAUGUGGUUAGUGUGCACAAGAGUGCCAAGGACUCGGGCCCCCACCAAAUCCUCAGCGCUGGCUCCCACACCCUCACCCAGCCUCUGACCAAUGGGCCUGAACCGUAGGCAGUGGUGCUCUGCAAGGGCCAGCAAGGGGUCAAGCCUCUGCGAGGUUACCAGCCAAACACAACCUGGGGCUGGCCAACAAGUUCACUUUCUAUUGAUCCACUGGCUGUGGCUGCCCACUGGGUUGUACUGACAAACUGAGACCACUGUGCUGUGAUGGAGUAGCAAUGUCUGCCAGGGGCUCUAGCUAGGGCGUAAUGGUGUGGAUGCUGGAUGCUUGCCUUUCCUACAGCUGUGUGGUGUCCUCUGAACACUCAGAAAGGUAGCCGGGGCUGCUCCUAGCCUCCUUUAUUAUGUUCCCUGAAGAAGCUACUCCAGAGAAAGCACAAAGAUUAAUGUUCUGAGGACUUCCAGGAGGGUUAAACACAACCAGAGUCCCCAUCACAGGCAGAUGGAGAAACAAGAAGAGAAAGUCAAUGUUUUGGCAACAGGACUGUUAUCUACAGGGUACCAAGACCACCCCUUGAGUGCCACUGGCAUCUGAACUACACCACAGGCCAACAGAGCAAUACAAAUUGGCCCACUGUUGGCCUGGUUGACACUUGAACCACUGCAACCCCAAAAGAAGAAGCUAGUGCUAGGUUUUUUGUUUUUUGGUUUUUGGGUUUUUGUUUUGUUUUGUUUUGUUUUUUUGAGACAGGGUUUCUCUGUGGCUUUUGGAGACUGUCCUGGAACUCACUUGGUAGACCAGGCUGGGCUCAAACUCCCAGAGAUCCGCCUGCCUCUGCCUCCCAAGUGCUGGGAUUAAAGGCGUGCACCACCACCGCCCGGCUUGCUAGUUCUAGUUUUAUCCCUUUUUUUUCAUGCAAAGGGGUGAGUGACACAUACACCACCACUGGACAACGGUAGAGUCAAAGCUAAGACCCAGUCUCACAGCCUCCAGCAUCCCAGCUCCUGCUUCCAUGGCUACCUCCCAGACCCUGCCCCAGGAAUGGUCCUGAACCCACUAACUGCUGCCCCAGGCUCUGCAAGGCCCCAGUCCCAUCCAAUGGAUGAAGAUGCUAGGAAUAAAGAUAAAAAGCAACUCACUCUCAGGCCCACCAACCCAAGGCCUCUGUGUCUCCUAGGCUCACCCUUCUGGGGGCCAGAGCUCCUUUGGAGAUGCUCCUGUCAUCACUGUCUCCAAGCUGGACUCCAACGGCGUCUCCUACUUGCCUCUCUCAAGUUCUAGGCUGCUUGUGUUUGGGGAAGGGAUCUGUGGUAAAGGAGCAGGCUCUGGGUCAUUAGUCUGUGAAGCAGGUGAGGUGAGAUCUGGGCCCAGGUUGUGCAGUGGUCUACUUGAGAAGUCGCCUAUGUUCCUGGGACCUGAGUGGCUGGGAACAGGUGACAGUUGGGAGCAGGAUUGGGGUGCAAAGAGUUUCUAACUGACUUCAGACGGGGUACACGUACCCAAGCUCAGGGGGUCUGUGUGAGAACAAGAAAGCCAGUUAGGGACCCACCUUUCAGCAAGGAGUACUGGCUUGGGCUAUAGCUCAGUGCUAAAUUGCUAACUCAACAUGUAUGGUGCCUUGGAUUCAACUCCCAGUACAGCACAACAAAACAAAAAAUGAACAAUGACCUGAGGUUCGGAGCAAAGGGGUAGUGGCUGUCAUGGGGAGGGGAGAGGACUUGGAUAAUCAGAGGCCAGCCUUGUCCCCACUACUACUAAUUAAAUAUCCAUAACAUCA